AUGCGUCUGGAAGCAAACUCGAGCUGUGCGUGCGGUGGAGCCAUGAAGGAGCUAAUAAUCUCCACAACGAUGCACAGGGUGGAAGUUUUUGGAUCAUACACCACCACCUCAAGCCACGACCAAGUCGACCAGAGGUCAUGCUAUCACACGCACGCACCCGUGCAGCCUGUUCAUUCGUGCACGCCCUCCGCGCGUGCGGUCGGCCUUCCUACGAGGUGCGCGCGAUGGCACCUUGACGACGUCCACAUCUGGGGUGGGCGCAGCGCCUGCCUGCACUGCCAACUCCUAAAGACGAAUAACGUGACGCCAUUGCACGUAGCCAGCAAGUGGGGGAACGUGGGGGUGGUGGAGAGGCUGCUGAGAGCGGGCGCCCAGUUGGAGUGCACCACGCGCGACGGUCUCACGCCCCUCCACUGCGCGGCGCGAUCCGGCCACGCGCACAGUGGACUCACAGCACUGCACAUGGCCUCGCAGGGCGAUCAUCCCGAGUGCGCCAAGUUGCUGAUCGUGCAGGGCGCCGACGUGGACGACGUGACGAUUGACAAUCUCACCGCGCUCCACGUGGCAGCCCACUGUGGAAGCGUGCGAGUCGCCAAGAUCCUACUCGAUGCACACAGCCACCUCGAUGCUCGUGCUCGCAAUGGAUUCACACCGCUUCACAUCGCUUGCAAGAAGAACCGAGUAAAAAUCUUGGAACUCUUUCUAAAACACGGAUGCACGGUGGACAUCACCACUGAGUCUGGUCUAACACCGCUUCACGUGGCUGCGUUCAUGGGCAACACGAGUAUUCUGGUGCUGCUCUUGCAACACUCAGCCGAUCCGAACGCCCAGACCAUGCACAACGAGACGUCUCUCCACUUGGCCUCGCGUGCAGGCCGAACCGAGGCAGUUAGGCUUUUGCUUCGAAACGGCGCCAUGGUCGAUGCCAAGGCCAGGGGCAAUCAGACGUGUCUCCACGUCGCUGCUCUGUUAGGAAACUGCGAAAUUAUCAAGGUUCUGCUUCAACACGGUGCUAAUGUGCAAGCUGUGACUAGAGAUGGACAUUCGGCGCUGCAUGUCGCCACGAAAGCGGGACACGAAGGUGCCGUCUCCCUGCUGCUUGAUUCGGGGGCACAAACUGAUGUUCUCACAAAGUCUGGUUUUACGCCUCUUCACCUGGCCGCAAAGUACUCGCGUUUGGGGCCGGCACAACUGCUGAUGGAGUCCGGUGCCGCACUCGACGUGCCUGGCCGAAACGGCCUCACUCCGCUCCACCUCGCCUCGCACUACGGCUCCGUAACCGUCGUCCGAGCUCUCAUUCAGAAAGGGGCCUCGACGCGACUGCAGACCAAGAACGGCUACACGCCGCUGCACGUGGCCGCACAGCGCUGCCAGUGCGACGUGGCGCGGAUCCUGCUGAAGGCGAAGGCCGACCCCAACGCCGAGUCGCGCAACGGCUUCACGCCCCUCCACCUGGCCGCGCAGGACGGCAGCGUCGAGAUGGUUCGGCUGCUGCUGGACCACAAGGCCAAAGUGAACGCCCGGGCAAAGAACGGUCUCACGCCAAUGCACUUAGCAGCACAGGAAGACAGCGUGAAAGCUGCCGAGGUUUUGUAUGCUGCGGGCGCCGAAUUAGAUCCAACCACAAAGGCAGGCUACACCCCUCUCCACACGGCAUGUCACUUCGGCCAGUUGAAUAUGAUCAAAUUCCUUAUCUCGAAGGGGUGCAACGUGAAUGCUCGAACAGAGCUAGGUUCCAGUACCCUGCAUCUGGCCGCCCAACAGGGACAUCCGCAGUCCGGCUGGACGGCAGGACACGUGGCCCAGCACCAGCACUACCUCAACAUCUUCGACGUGCUGCGACGUGUGACGACGUCCAUCGAGUCAUGGGAGGAGGUCGAGUCCUACGACGAGCAGGUCCGUCAGAAAGUACCACAAGAGGAGAAUGUCGUCGGUGAACACGACGGUCGCCUGGUGAGUGGGAUUCCACGACUGCAGCUCGAGAAACCCGACGUCAUGGGGGAACAUCCCGUGACCGAUACUGAGGAAGAGCUAGGCGAAGUCGAGUACACGGCCAUUCCGCCGUCCCCAGUGUUUUCGCGUGCCGCCUCUCAGCAGGCACUCGCGGAAGAGCGUGUUGACCGGACUGACGCCGAGCGCGUCAAAAUGCGGCCUGGUCUGCGAAAUCGGGCGUCCGCUGAGAAUGCAGCAUGUCCCCAGAGUGGUGGAACGAGGGCUUCCGACAAGUAUUCAGCCAUCUCGGGCAAAAUCCCUGAAGACAAUUACCGCUUGCUUCAAGUGCAGAUGGAGGGUGUUAUUGCUCAGGUCAGCGGUCAAUGCACACACGGUGAAGACAGUAUUGAUGAGGAUGUAGCCUACAUAACAAAGCACUCGAUGCAUCCACGGACUAAACACGAUGCCGAUGUCAUUGUAAAUGGUGACAACAUUCAGGCAUCUGCGCAACGCCUCCUCCUGGCAGGCCGCGACGGCAGUGGCUUUGUUGGCGGCAGUGGAGCCACCGGAUUCCUCGGUGGCGGCGCGGAAUACGGCGGUCUGGAGUGGGACUUUGUGCCUGACAACGUCCCCAUAUGCAGGAAACCCGUUACUUCUGGGUACGUAUCCGAGUCGGUGGUUCGACCUUGGUCACUGGCGGCGCAAGCGCCAAGCCCUGCUUUGGCGGCGUCGUGCCAUUGCGCGCUUUCGUUCGCUCGCCUGUGCUGUGCCGUGCUCCUCGCUUUGAAUAUGGGCAUAUCGGAGCGUACUGAAUCUACGGAGGAAGUGACUGCUGCGGUCAGUGAACGCAUUGGGAAACCGCUCAACAGUGAUGUCGAUCACGACCGAUUCCUCGUGUCCUUCCUGGUGGACGCACGAGGCGGAUCGAUGCGCGCGAGCCGCCACCCGGGUCUGCGGGUUGUGGUGCCGCCGAGCGCGGCCAGCGCGCCCACCCGCGUCACCUGCCGCAUGCUCCGGCCCGAGCGCACCGCUGCGCCCCCUCAACUCAACGACGGCGAAGGCCUCGCCUGCCGCAUAAUCGAGUUGGGGCCUCAUCCGUGCCAGUUCAAUUCUCCCGUUCUGUUGGAGAUUCCACACUUUGCAGCUCUUCGCGGAAGACAACGAGAGAUUGUGGUUCUUCGUAGUGACGAUUCGGAGACCUGGAAGGAGCACUCGCUGGAGGCCACUGACCAGGCUGUGCGCGCUGCCCUCGGCUCCGCUUUCGGUGAGCUCCCCCUUUCUGUGUCGCCGUACAUCUCGAAGACUCCAGCGGGCACACAAACUAGUCUGGCACGUGCCACUAAUAUAAAUCAUUGUAUCCGAUCAAAUGUUCCCUCCUUAAGUGCCCAUCCGGUCAAAGGUAGCUUGGUACCACUGCUGUGUCUUAACCAGCCUGUUGGAAUCCGCAGAGGCUUUUACAUGGCGUUGGUUUUGGCGAAGACUUCCGUCUGGCUGGCCCACCCGCCCCAUCAAAAGUCCCCUCCGCUGAUCAUGGUGGCUGCUGAUUCGCUGGAGACGGCAGAGCAACUGAAGGAGAAGCGGAUUCUUCGCAUCCUCAUGACAGACUUCCCGCAGUACCUGGCGGUGGUGAGCCGUCUGCGCCAGGAGAUCGCCAUGAUUGGGUCCGAUGGCGGGGUUUUGAGCUCCACCGUCGUGCCCCAGGUCCAGGCCGUGUUCCCCGAAGGCGCUCUCCAGAAACGCAUUCGUGUUGGUCUGCAGGCUCAUCAAGUCCCGUCGGAGAUGGUCACACGUCUAGUGGGUAACCAGGUGACGGUGUCGCCAAUAGUGACUAUUGAGCCACGUCGGCGCAAGUUCCACAAGCCGAUCACCCUCACCAUCCCGCUGCCAAAGUCGGUGGUUCCAAGCAAGCACCUCCCAGGGCACGGCGCGGAUUCGGCCGCCAACAGCACCCUCCGCCUGCUCUGCUCCAUCACCGGGGGCACCUCGCCGGCCGUCUGGGAGGACAUCACUGGGUCGACGCCCCUGUCCCGCGUCAAGGACUGCGUCUCCUUCACCACCACUGUCUCUGCGCGGCUCUGGUUAAUCGACUGCCCAGUGAUCAGCGCGUCAGUCGAGGUGGCGAUGCGACUCUACAAGGAGGCCUCGGCGGUGCCCUACAUGGGGAAGUUCAUCGUCUUCGCCAAGCGCCCCGAGGUCGAUGAGGCCCUCAUGCGUUGCUUCUGCAUAACUGACGAUAAAGUGGACAAGACUCUGGAAUGCCAGGAGGGCUUUGAUCUGGUUGCAGCCAGCAACGAAGUUGAAGUCGUCGACAAUCGACCCACAUGGCUUGAGUCCUCGGGCAACCUAGCUCCUGUCGUUAAAGUCGACGAUCAACUUAGACUGCACUUUAACGCCUUCCGUGAGAAUCGUCUUGCGUUCCCUGUUCGCAUCAAGGACCCUCAGCUGGAACCCUCCGGGAAGGUGGCGUUCGUGCGGGAUCCGCGCCCGGGAUCGGCUGCAGAGAUCAAGCCAAUGCUGCAGGAGCUGGGCGGAACGGCAAUCAGUGAUUCGUUGCCUGUGCGCCCAAUCUGCGGCCUAGAAGUGGUUCUACCGGCGGAAAUUGACGCCCUCCGUGCGGCCCAUUCCGGACCUGUUGUGGCUAGUGGCCUCGAGGGUACACCCACGGUCGCCUCGACUGCUGCUGCUGCAUCCGUAGUCUCGCUGUCGUGCACUCAGCCCCAGCACUUCGAACACGCCACUCAGAAGAUGCCCGAAAGGGAUUCGCGUGGUCGUUCUCUGGUCGUUCCACCGCCUGAAUGGGCGGCCUCUAUGACUGACGAGUCGAUAGCCCGCACGCACCUCGACCUCGUCGAGAUCGCAACCGAAGUGGGAAGCGAUUGGCCACGUCUCGUGCAAGCCCUGUUUGCACGCGAUUCAAGUGAAUUUCCACCCUCGCCGGAUCAGCUGAUCGAGUGGAUCGGAAAGCACUGCAGCUCCGCAGACACACUCACCGAUGCAGGACUUAACUAUGAGGGGCUCCGUUGUGAUCGCGACCGCGCACUCGCUAUCCUUCUUGCCUGGACCAUCGAAGCAGGAGAGGCCGCCACGGGCAAUGAGCUGGACCGCGUGUUGCGCCAAAUCGGUCGUGAGGACAUCGUGAAGCACUGCAUGCGCGAUAUUCGGCCCGUCCUUGAGAUCGAGGAGCGCGAACAGGCGGCACAGCAAAUUGACUCUGCCGGUCGUGGCUGGAGUCCCGACACUCCAGCUCACCAGGACCCGGCCGCAUUCGUCAGCAGUGAUUUGUCCACGGAGCAGCUCGAGUCAGGCCAGCUGGAGGAUUCGGGGGAUUUGGUUGGGGAAAAGGCGCGUCAGUCGAUCGAUUUUCCCUCCUUUGUGGAAGGAACGGGUGGUGAGAACGUCACCAGCACUCUGGAGCCCUCCUCACCCGAAAACGCCGAGCCACGCGAGAUGCACAGCCCAGGCGCCGAAGUAGUACUGCCUGCCCACGCAGAGCCCGAAGUCUCCGAAAUCUCCGCCUCUUGCGAUCAGUCACACUCAUUCACCACGAUGGAAUCCGAUGUGCCAAAUCCAAGUCAUCUGCCGGAGCCUGAAGUGGCUACCACCGACGUCACGGCAUGCGCAGAAAUAGACGCGGCUAGUCCCGAGGAGGCUAGCGGCGUCUCUGAUAUCCUCACUAGCGAAAACAACCAGGCAGAGAGCAGCAAGGAACACGACUAG